CUGGGCAGCGGGAGCGGGCGGGCGGGGCGGGGAGGGCCCGCCGGGACUGCUGUGCACCGGCAGCGCGGGGCUGCCCGGCACGGACACGCCGCGGCGGCAGCCUGCAGAGCGAGCGGCCUCCCGUGCUCACCCCUCCUGCCUCUGCCUUUCUGCCCCCCACGCCCUUUUCUUCCUUCCCUUUUCCCCCAGCUCCUUUCUCUCUCUGUCCUUCCCUUGCCCCUUUCUCUCUCCCCGCCUCGCUUGGGUAGCUGCUCACGCCGGGCAGGGCUUGCGGAGCUCCCGAGCUCCUCCUGCCCUGAGGGGGCUGGGGGUGACAGAGCCUGGCCCCGGUGUCUGGGCAGCGCUGCUCAGCUGUGCCCUCCCCACACACCCCUUAGAUCCCGGGUCUCCUGUGUGCUGCUGGGGAGGAUCUGAGGCUCAGGAGCAGCCAGAGCCUCACACGGCUGUCACAGCCCUUUCUGAGCUGGGCCGUGGGCGAGGGAGGCCUUUGGGCACCUGCAGAAGCAUCUUGUAACGUUAAAUGACUAAUCCCCUUCUUGUGUCCCACAGGUAGAGAUCCCUGGGGUCCUGCUGCAGGCUGGGUGGCCGGGCUGCCUCUGCACACCCGUCAGGAGCCUGGACUCGGGAGCCGUGCCAGCAGAGCGGGGCUGAUGCAGAGCCGGCGGCGUGGCAGUGAGCUGGGGCUCGUGCUGGCUUUCUGCACCCCGCUUGGCCCCCCCUGUGCUGGGGGUGCUCAGCUGCUGCCGCGUUCCCUGGCGCUUUGUGCCGCGGGCUGCCGCGCUCAGGGUUUGUGAUGCCGUGUUCGCUGCAGUUUUGGUUUUCCACAGGCGUCUAGCUCUUGUGUUCACACGGCGUGAGGCCGACCUUCCGCUGCAUUUCCAGGGGAUUUAUCUCAGUUUGACCUCGGGGCAGCACAGAGGGGGGAGCGCUGCCGUGUGUGCCCGCUGGCUGCCAGCAGCAAUGGCCCAGCCCGUGCCAGCCCUGUCCCUUGGCCGUGUGUGCCCGCGGCGCGGUGCCCGCCUGGGGUGACGGUCUCUCCGCUCCCUGCGCACGGGGCAGCCCGCCAUGGCCCCGGCGGGCGCCGAGGAGGCGGCGGGCUCCUCGGGCAAGCACUACGUGUGCGGGCUGUGCGCGGCCUUCACCAACAUCGCGGUGACGUUCCCCAUCCAGAAGGUGCUGUUCCGGCAGCAGCUGUACGGGCUGCGCGCCGGCGAGGCCGUGCGCCAGCUGCGCCGCGACGGGCUGCGCACGCUCUACCGCGGCAUCCUGCCCCCGCUGCUGCAGAAGACCACCACGCUGGCCCUCAUGUUCGGCCUCUACGAGGACUUCUCGGCGCUGCUGCUGAGCCACGGCCGCGCCCCCGAGCUGGUGACGCGCAGCGCGGCCGCCGCGCUGGCCGGCACCACCGAGGCCGUGCUGACGCCCUUCGAGCGCGUGCAGACGCUGCUGCAGGACUACAGGCACCACGACAAGUUCACAAACACGUACCAGGCCUUCAAGGUGCUGAAAGCCUAUGGGCUGCGGGAGUAUUACCGGGGAUUGGUGCCCAUCCUGCUGCGCAACGGGCCCAGCAACGUGCUCUUCUUCGGGCUGCGCGGGCCCAUCAAGCAGUGCCUGCCCGAGGCCAGCUCGCACAGCUCUCACCUCAUCAACGACUUCAUCUGCGGGGGGCUGCUGGGCGCCGUGCUGGGCUUCCUCUUCUUCCCCGUCAACGUCGUAAAGACUCGCAUGCAGGCCCAGAUUGGUGGCGAAUUUCAGUCCUUCUCCAAAGUGUUAGUGAAGAUCUGGCUGGAACGCGACAGGAAGGUGAUGCACCUCUUCAGGGGAGCCCACCUGAACUACCACCGCUCCGUGCUGUCCUGGGGGAUCAUCAACGCCACCUACGAGUUCCUGCUGAAGCUGCUGUGACCCUGUCCUGCUCGUGGGGCAGCAGCACUCGGCGUCCCGGGUCCCAGGGAGCAGUGCCUGUGCGUGUGACAGUAUUCCUUUGCUGGCAGGUGAGUUUGCCCAUCACAGAGCUACCAGACAAACAGAAGGUGUAAAAGAGGAAAGAAAUGUAGUCUGUAUCACUCCCAAAGUUGUGCUGUGCUCUGUGGUGGGAUGCACUCCACUGCCCAUGUUUAGAACAUGAGAAUCAAGGAGGAGCUGAAGAAAAACAAUUCCAUUGCCUGAUCAUCUUCGCAGUCUCGAUUCUGGAACUGCAUUUUCAGAUGUUGUGGGGUCCUCAUUGUGUAAAGCUCAAAGGACAGAUACCGAAGGGGAUGGCUGAGGUGCAGAGCUCCCAGCUGCACCUCGGCGUGCUGCAGGCCCCUCACGGGUGGCCUGUGGUGACCGUGUCCUCCAGCCAUGCACUGAGCGUGUGAGCUCAGCCCUGGCUGGAUCUCUGUGCGUGUGUGUGCGUGUUUGUACGUGUGCCUUCCUGUGAAAAGGGAAAAGUGGAAGGAAUGGGACAGCAAACUCACUAAAGCUUUAAAGUGUCCUUCCUCGUUAAAAAACAUGGAGUUUGUUCUGCUUCUUCUGAGGACUUUUUAUUUUUUAUUUGCUGCUUUUUCUGUUGCCUCCAGCUGCAGGAUCAGGGAGGUGUCCCUGUGUGUAGGGACGCUCCAGCUCCUGCAGCUGCUCAAGCACUUCUCACGGCUUUUUGCACUGCCACGUCUUGUCUUUCCUCAGCUCCCUCUGCGGAGUUACCGAUCGCGGGAUGUUUGUACCCAAAACUCGGGGUUCUGCUCAUGGCUCUGCAGCACAAGCGUGGCACGGGCAAGGUGAGAGUCCUGGGUUACCUGCUUCAGUGGAGGUCUGUAGGUGUAGUGCAGAUGACAAGCCAAAGAUGACCUUGGAAGCAGGGAGCAGGAAGGGUGGAGUGCUUGGAGACGUGUUUCAGGACUUCUGUAGGGAAACGUUGGAAAGGACUGACAGAAAUCUGUGUCUGACAGACAUGGGAGAUGAGAGAGAGGAGACUUGAGGCUUUAGAUACAGGGACAGAAGAGCGAGCACAACCCUGAGCUAGAUGAGGGUCCCAGCACAAGUGUUUGAAUCUCCCUGAGGGCUUCUUCUUUAGUGAAACUAUACAUUCACACAUAAACCAAAACACUUUGGAUGAUGGGGAGCAGCACAGCUUUCAGAAACUGCUUUGAAUUUAGUCUUUUCUUAAGUCUUGGAGGGGCUAUUGCUUUUCUGAAUUUGAGUUCUCCAUUUGCUACAACUGUCUUCCGAAAUCAAUCCUAAUCAGUGUGUUGUAAUCAUACAGUCCUGAGCUUCAGACAGCAGCGGGUGGGCACAAGCACGAGUUCCUGUAUCCCAGUGGUGAUUAUCUUCAUCUAAAUAAAAUGUUUACUGGAUGUUUGUUACUGGCAGAAUCUGAUUUUUACCAGUGUACCUUCUUUUUGUAAUCACUCCUUGAUGGAAUAAAAACAAAAUCUGCAUCCUG